AUCACAACUCCCCCUACGUUCGUUACCACGUUUUACACAGGCCGCUGCGCUACCUCACAUCAGUCGCUACCAUGCACCGACCUACCGCCUACCUGGGACUUCAGACACUUCUGUUGUUGACCCAAUGCGUUGCGGGACGGCCAAACGGCCAGCGCGCCGCCGCUCCCCACGCCAUAUACAUGAUGACGAAUGAUGAAGCCAACGGGGUUAUUGCCCUUCCCGUUCGCCCCGAUGGUCUUCUCAGCCACGGCACGGUAACCAAGACGGGAGGCGCCGGCUCCGUGGCGUUGCACAGUGACGGCAACCCGGGUACUCCAGAUGCCCUCGUGAGUCAGUCAGCUCUGACCAUCGCAGGAGAGCACAUCUUUGCUGUCAACGCUGGCUCAAACUCCCUCUCCAUGCUCGCUGUUUCGCCCACGGACCCGACACAGCUGCGCGUUGUGGGACAGCCGGUGACGAUUCCCGGGGAUUUCCCUAACACGGUCGCGGCCUCGACCAUGAACAGCCUCGUCUGCGUGGGGACGACCGGAUCCAAGAACGGCGUAUCCUGCAGCACGUUCUCGGAUGACGGACUGGGACCCAUGGAUGAGCUGCGCAGCUUUGAUCUCCGGCAGACCACUCCACCAGUGGGACCACCCAAUACCGUAUCGCAGGUCUUCUUCUCCCCAGACGAAACGCAGCUUUUCUGCACCGUCAAGGGCAACCCGGCAGCCAACAAGACGGGUUUCUUCUCUGCCUUCCCCGUCGAGCAAGACUCGCCAUGCGGUGGCGCACACGGAGCGCCCAGGCUGGCCAGGAAAGAUACCCGCAGCGUGCCUGCAGGAAGCGCCGUUCUUUUCGGCUCGCUGAAUAUCCCCGGCACGUCCAACGUCUUCGCUACAGACGCCUCCUUUGGGGCUCUCAUCCUCUCCAUGAACCCAACCAGCCGGAUGGCCACUACCGUCGCCCGAGCACAGAUCCCAGACCAACAAGCAACAUGCUGGGCGACCAUCUCCCCUGCCACCGGCACAGGGUUUGUCACGGAUGUGCUUGUCAACCGGCUCGUCGAGAUUAAUCUCAAGGAUGCCAGCAUCGUCUCUCAGCUUAACCUGACGGCCAACGGCGACCAGGGCCUGGUCGACUUGCAGGCUGCAGGCGACUUUCUCUACGCGCUGUCGCCAGGGAACGGCAGCACUGAGGCCGCUGUGACCGUCGUAGACGUGUCCGGAGGUCCUGGUUCGGGGAAGAUGGUUCAGCAUUUCGAGCUGCAGGGACUUGCUGGGCCCCGAGCGAUGGGCAUGGCUGUCCUGGUCUGAGGUUCGACAUGAAAACUGGGGCUGGUGCAAGAGGAUCGAGACCUAGACAUAUGGUGGUGCCGAUGUAUAUACUAUGCACGAUGUAGGCGAGCAGAGAUACGCACUUUGGUAAAGAUAGAGCCGGU